UUGUAAUUGAACUCCUUGCAAACACGGAGUUAUCAAUCAAUGCCAUCCCCAACAGAGAUGCCAGUAUAACUGUAUAAUGUUCCUCGCCGCCGCUCCAUCACCAAAGAUCUCAAUCGCCCACAAGACUAUAUCCAUACCUCUUGCGUUCCUCUUCACUCGAACUUGCCGUACUCCUUCCGAACAACGGGAACAAACACGAAAGCAUGUGUCACAACAACGAGAAGACAGUAUCGGCAUUACCGACAGAUCAUACUGGACCAAAAAGAUUCACAGACUCUGCGCGGAGGACAGCAACGUCGACGAGGCUCUCUGCCUUUUGGACCGCCUUAGCCUCCGCGGAUACCGCCCCGAUUCCCUCAACCUAAGCAGCAUACUUCACGCCCUCUGCGACUCACACCGCUUCUACGAAGCACACCACCGCCUUCUACUCUCCAUAGCUUCUAACUGCGUACCCGACGAGCGCACCUGCAAUGUUCUUGUUGCAAGGUUACUUGAUUCUCGGAAUCCGUACUCGACAUUGCAUGUUGUUCGCCGUUUGUUUGAUGUUAAGCCUGAGUUUGUGCCAUCUUUGGUUAUUUAUAACCGUUUGAUGAAUCAGCUUUGCUCGUUUUCGCGUCCUAACGAGGCUCACGCGUUGUUUUUCGAUAUGAAGAGUAGGGGGCAUUGCCCGAAUGUUUUUUCUUACACUACUUUGAUUAAUGGCUAUUGUAGGAUUGGUGAAGUAGGUCAUGCCCAAAAAGUGUUUGCUGAAAUGCGUGAUGAUGGGGUACUACCUAAUUCGUUAACAUAUAGUGUAUUGAUUGGUGGUGUUCUUCAGAGGCGGGACAUUGAACGUGGGAGGGAAUUGAUGUGCGAACUAUGGGAGAAGAUGCGGGAUGAAGAGGACCUGUCUGUGAGAAAUGCUGCAUUUGCGAAUCUUGUUGAUUCGUUGUGUAAAGAAGGAUUCUUUCAUGAACUGUUUAGUGUCUCAGAACAUAUGCCUCAAGGAAAGAGUGUGUCUGAGGAAUUUGUUUACAACCAGAUGAUUGAUUCACUUUGUAAAGCUGGAAGAUAUCAUGGAGCCUCAAGGAUUGUUUAUGUGAUGAGGAAAAGGGGAUUUCUUCCUAGUUUAGUGUCUUACAACCAUAUCAUACAUGGGCUUUGCAAGGAGGGAGGUUGCAUGAGGGCUUAUCAGUUGUUAGAGGAAGGAAUUGGUUUUGGGUACUUACCAUCUGAGUAUACAUAUAAAGUUCUCGUAGAAGGUCUCUGUAAAGAGUCGGAGCUCCACAAGGCAAGGAAAGUUCUCCAAUAUAUGCUUAACAAGGAAGGUGUUGUCUUACCUCGAAUGUUCAACAUAUAUUUAAGAGCUCUUGUUCUUUUGAAUAACCCAACUGAGCUUUUGAACUUACUUGUUUUUAUGCUUCAGAAACAGUGUCAGCCUGAUGUAAUUACCUUGAACACGGCCAUAAAUGGGUUUUGCAAAAUGGGGAGGAUUGAAGAAGCUUUGAAGGUAUUAAAUGAUAUGAUUAUAGGAAAAUUUUGUUCUCCAGAUGCCGUCACCUUCACUACUAUCAUAUGUGGUUUGUUAGAUGUUGGAAGAACCCAAGAAGCCUUUGGUGUUUUGCAUCACAUAAUGCCGAAGCAUGGUGUUAGGCCCGGUAUUGUGACAUAUAAUGCUGUUCUUCGUGGCUUGUUCAAACUUCGGCAAGGAAAUGAAGCAAUGGAGGUUUUUAAUAGCAUGGUGAGUGAUGGUGUUGUUGCAGACAGUACAACUUACACGAUAGUGAUUGAAGGAUUGUGCGAGUCUGGCCAAAUAGAAGAGGCACAAAGGUUUUGGGAUGAUGUUAUAUGGCCCUCAAAGAUUCACGAUAAUUUUGUUUAUGCAGCCCUUCUCAAAGGGCUUUGCCGCUCCGGAAAAUUGAAUGAAGCUUGUCAUUUCCUAUAUGAACUGGUAGAUUCUGGGGUCUCUCCAAAUAUUUUCAACUACAAUAUUUUGAUUGACAAUGCAUGCAAGUUAGGCUUAAAGAGAGAAGCUUAUCAAAUAAUGGGAGAGAUGAGAAGGAAUGGGGUAGCCCCUGAUGCUGUGACCUGGAGGAUUCUUGACAAAUUACAUGGUAAUGUGAGAAGGCAACUCUUUGUUGAGGGUGCAACCCUGCCAUCCAGAGAUGGGCUACAUAAUUUAGGCAGGGAAGAAAAGCUUAGGGAUCUGAAGCAUAUCUGAAUUGGAUUCAAGUGGCUUUAAGAACAAGUCCUGCUGCGGGGAUCUGUGUUUAUGAAGAUUACUCUUUUAACCUUGUGACAGAGAGGAUGCGAAACGCAGAAGAGAUCAUGCAAGGUUGAGAUCCCUAUCGGCGAAGGUAAAGGGGGUAGACUUCUCACUCAAUAUUUUUUUUUUCCUGAAGGAUGUCAAUAAAAUUCAAUGGUACAGUUGACUUACGAGUUUUUUCUAAAACGUAAAGAUAUGCCAGACGUGUAGGUUCAUUGGUGAGGGUUUGUACAGAGGCAGAUAAAAGAAAAGCUGCAAUCUACAAUAACCAAUAUUCCUUUAGGGUUGACAGAGUUUCCCUACAAACUCGGUCGCAAUCUAUAAUUAAAUCAAGUUUACAUUCAGCAUGUGACAAGCCAUGCCUUUUUUGUCCUGUUAUUGUUCUGGUCGAUGAAUUGAGAUUGCAUUGGUUGUUUAGGCUUGUAGACACACUGUAGCAUUAUUCGUUAUAGAUCUCGGCCAAUUGAUCACUUUGUAUUAUGAAAAAUGCUACUUUGUCUA